AGUAACGCAGUUCCCAAGCCGGAGGCUAGUAGUCGAGUCACCUGGAGAAAACCGCGAAGAUGCUAUCAAGAUCCGUGCUGAUCGUAGUAGGCCUACUAAUGCUGAGCUGGCAGUGGACGAUGGCCAUGCCGCCCCUUCCGAAGAACCAACCCAGCGGAGUAUCUAUUAGUCAGCCCGAUAUACCGGGAGCCUCGGAUAUUUUGGUGCAGAGCAUCUUCAACAUCGAUCCAUCGCUGUGUCCCAAGGGGUACAUACGCACGGGUCCACAUCACACGUGUCGUAGGAUAGCCUAGGAAGACAAGCUCUGAAGAUCGAUUUAAAGUUCAAUAUCAGAACGUGCUACAAGCUGUGUUUUUAUUGAUACUUAAAUAAAUUCUAUAUAAAUACUUGCAAUUCUCACAUACAUAUUUAAAAAAUACGACACAUUCGGUUUAUAUAAGUACAGGUUCAUUAAAGUUAAUCAACUGAUUGUUGGCACUGAU